GUGAAUAGAGGCAAAAGAAUAGUCCAUGUAGAUUCGGGCCUGCUCAAGGGUCAGUGAAUGGGUUUUUCAGGCAUAGCCACUCUCACUCGUCACUAUGCUUUCUGCUACUCUGUAUCAGUAUCAUCAUUCUCAUCUUCACUCAUUCACAUUACUCCUUCAACAAAGCUACUCACCAGAAAACUCUCUAUUCCCAUCAGAAUGUCUUCUACAAAUCCCAAUGUCAAGAAACACAUAGCACCCUAUGGUUCUUGGAAGUCGCCCAUCACCGCUGAUAUCGUUUCUGGAUCCACUAAACGCCUCGGUGGCUUUUCGGUUGAUUCACUUGGUCAUCUUUUCUGGCUAGAAUCUCGACCUACAGAAUCCGGACGAGCGGUUAUUGUGAAGGAACCAGGGAAACCAGGGGAAGACCCUAUAGAUGUAACUCCUAAAGAUUUUGCUGUGAGGACGUUGGCUCAGGAGUAUGGUGGUGGUGAUUUUUGUAUACAAGGAGACAUUUUGAUCUUCUCUAAUUACAAGGAUCAGAGACUUUAUAAACAGUCCAUUUCGUCCAUAGAUUCUGCUCCGUUGCCCCUCACUCCAGAUUAUGGCGGACGGAGUGUAUGCUAUGCUGAUGGAGUGUUUGACUCUCGCUUUAACCGUUAUGUGACAGUGAGAGAAGAUCAACGUGAAAGUGGUAUAAAUGCGAUUACCACAAUUGUGUCUAUCGAUCUGAGCAGUAACAGCGAUCAAGAACCAAGGCUGUUAAUUGGGGGGAAUGACUUUUAUGCUUCUCCUCGGAUUGACCCCAAAGGGGACCGUAUGGCAUGGAUUGAAUGGGGUCACCCAAAUAUGCCAUGGGACAGAUCAGAGCUUUGGGUUGGUUAUAUAUCAGAAAAUGGGGAUGUGCAAAACCGCAUUUGUGUUGCUGGUGGUGAUCCUACUCUUGUGGAAUCUCCUACUGAACCCCUAUGGUCUUCUCAAGGGGAGCUGUACUUUGUAACUGACAGGAAAAGUGGGUUUUGGAAUAUCUACAAAUGGGUAGAGUCUUCUAACGAGGUGCUACCAGUUUACUCCCUCGAUGCUGAGUUUACAAGACCCUUAUGGGUAUUUGGGAUGAAGUCUUAUGACUUUCUUAAGAACCACGACCAAGAUACUUUAAUUGCCUGCAGUUACAGGGAGAAUGGGAAGUCAUAUCUUGGAGUUUUGGAUGUUAACCUAGGCAAAAUAUCAGUGCUUGAUAUUCCUUUCACAGAUAUAAACAACAUAACUUCUGGGGUUCAUGGCUUGUAUGUUGAAGGAGCAUCUUCUGUUCAUCCAUCGUCAAUAGCUAAGGUUACUUUGGAUGAUCAGAGAACAAAAGUAAUUGAUUUCAAGAUUAUGUGGUCGUCGUCAUCUGUUAGUGAGUUGUAUAACUCCUAUUACAGUCGGCCAGAGUUGAUAAAGUUCCCAACAGAUGUGCCCGGUCAAUGUGCAUAUGCAUACUUUUAUCCACCAACAAACACCGACUUUCAAGCUAGUCAUGGAGAAACACCUCCAUUGCUCUUGCGAAGUCAUGGAGGUCCUACAGCUGAAGCACGGGGAUGUUUAAAUCUUAGCAUUCAAUAUUGGACCAGUCGUGGUUGGGCCUAUGUGGAUGUGAAUUAUGGUGGAAGCACUGGUUAUGGCAGAGAAUAUAGAGAAAGGCUAUUGGGAAGUUGGGGAAUCGUGGAUGUUAACGACUGCUGCAAUUGUGCCAAAUUUUUGGUUGACAGUGGAAGGGUUGACAGUGAAAGACUUUGUAUUACAGGGAGUUCAGCUGGUGGUUAUACAACAUUAGCUGCACUUGCAUUUAAAGAUGUUUUCAAGGCUGGAGCUUCCUUGUAUGGUAUUGGUGAUCUGCAAUUGCUGAGAGCAGAAACUCACAAGUUCGAAUCUCACUAUACUGACAAUCUAGUUGGGGACGAGAAGGCAUAUUUUGAGAGGUCGCCUAUCAAUUUUGUAGACCACUUUUCCUGCCCCAUUAUUUUAUUUCAAGGAUUGGAGGACAAGGAACUGUUACUAUUUGAUAGUUUUGGGGAAUCAAAUGAACAUCAACCUGAGGUAGUUUCACCUGAUCAAGCACGCAAAAUCUACCAAGCGUUGAAGGAAAAAGGGUUGCCUGUUGCACUCGUUGAAUAUGAAGGAGAGCAGCAUGGUUUCCGUAAGGCAGAAAACAUUAAAUUCACCCUUGAACAACAGAUGGUGUUCUUUGCGCGUUUGGUGGGACAUUUUGAAGUGGCUGAUGAAGUUACCCCCGUCAAAAUUGAUAAUUUUGACUGAGGUAUACAAUCACCGGAUGCUCUUCGUCAUGAUAGAGUUGUUCAAUACCUGUUUGCCAUAACUAGGAAAGUUUUGAUGAUAGGAGAGAGAAGCAACAGGAUGACCUAAUUUUCUGGAGGGGUAAAUAGGCAAUGCUUCUGGGGAAUAUGUGGAGAAACAUAUUGUUAUAAUAUCAUCAAGAUUUAAUGAUCAGAGAAAGAACAUAGAGUUCAUGGAACACAUGGAGUUUGUUCUUGGAAGUGUAUUACAGAUUGCUAAAUCAGGAAAAUAAGCCUUAAGGGAGAGGAAUUUGGAACUCCCUCCCUUGGGUUGUGCAAUGCCAGAUGUAUUUUCUCUCUGUUGA